CCCGUCCAUUGCCGGGAGAAGGUUCCAAAAUGGCGGCGAACGUGGUCCGGAGGGGCGGCUGGGGCUCAGCGCGGAGGUUUGGGCUGGUUGCCUACCGGAAAUACAGCAGCGGGGGAGCCUACCCCAACAUCCCCCUGACGGCCCCCCUCCCCGGGGUGCCCAAACCGGUCUUCGCCACGGUCGACGGCCAGGAGGGGUUCGAAACCAAAGUGACCACCCUCGAGAACGGACUCCGGGUGGCUUCGCAAAACAAGUUCGGACAGUUCUGCACCGUUGGGAUCCUUAUCAACUCGGGGUCAAGAUAUGAAGCGAAGUAUCCUGGUGGCAUUUCACACUUUCUGGAAAAGCUGGCUUUUUCCUCUACAGCUCAGUUUGGCAGCAAGGAUGAGAUCCUUCUUACUCUGGAGAAGCAUGGUGGCAUCUGCGAUUGUCAGGCAUCAAGGGAUACCACAAUGUAUGCGGUUUCUGCAGAGGCCAGAGGGCUGGACACAAUGGUCAGUUUGCUGUCAGAUGUGGUGCUGCAACCCAGAUUGUCAGAUGAAGAGAUUGAGAUGACUCGCAUGGCAGUUCGCUUUGAGCUGGAGGACCUGAACAUGAGACCCGAUCCAGAGCCUCUUCUCACAGAGAUGAUUCACGCGGCAGCUUACAAAGAAAACACGGUGGGACUGAACAGGUUCUGCCCAGCAGAAAAUGUAGACAAAAUUGACCGGAAAGUCCUUCAUUCAUACCUGAGGAAUUACUACACCCCCAACAGGAUGGUGUUGGCUGGUGUUGGGAUUGAACAUGAGCAACUAGUAGAGUGUGCCAGAAAGUACCUCCUUGGAGCUGAGCCGGUAUGGGGGAGUGGAAAGGCCUCUGAUUUAGACAAGUCCAUUGCCCAGUACACAGGAGGGAUUCUCAAGCUUGAAAAAGACAUGUCAGAUGUUAGUUUGGGACCCACUCCGAUCCCAGAAUUGACCCACAUCAUGAUCGGACUAGAAAGCUGUUCAUUUCUGGAGGAAGACUUUAUUCCCUUUGCAGUAUUAAACAUGAUGAUGGGUGGAGGUGGAUCUUUUUCUGCUGGAGGACCCGGCAAAGGCAUGUUCACCCGACUGUAUCUCAAUGUGCUCAAUCGACACCACUGGAUGUAUAAUGCAACAGCAUACCACCACAGCUAUGAGGACACAGGUCUCCUUUGCAUCCAUGCCAGUGCAGACCCCAGGCAGGUUAGAGAAAUGGUGGAAAUCAUUACUCGGGAAUUCAUUUUAAUGUCGGGAGCAGUGGGAGAGGUUGAACUGGAGCGAGCCAAGACGCAGCUACAGUCCAUGCUAAUGAUGAACCUAGAGUCUCGGCCAGUUAUCUUCGAGGAUGUUGGGAGGCAGGUGUUGGCGACAGGCAUGAGGAAACUCCCUCAUGAGCUCUGUGUCCUGAUCGGCAAAGUGAGUGCAGAUGACAUCAGGAGGGUGGUGAUGAAGAUGCUGAGAAACAAGCCAGCCAUUGCUGCACUGGGGGACUUGACAGAGCUGCCCAGUUAUGAACACAUCCAGGCUGCCCUUGCCAGUAAGGAUGGACGACUUCCAAGGAUCUAUCGCCUUUUUCGUUAAAACUGCUGCAAAUGACACUGCAUGAGUCUCUUGCCAGGAUUAGGAUUCUCUUGGCGAAACUUCUAUUUGUGUGCAAGAGUGGCGUCUUUGGGCCUUCAACGGAGCGCUUCUGGCAUGUCUGUCUGAGGACAUUCACCCCUGGAAAUAAACUUUUCUUCUGCAGAAGACUCCUUAGACUUCAUAAAACAUAAUUUAAAAGAAACCACUUGCCAGUAAGGUUGACUGCCUCAGCUGGAAAAGCUACCAUGGAGAAACAGCUUGUUCUGUUAUCUAAAUCUCUGUUCAUGUUGAUUAGUGUUUACAUAAACUGCAACACCUUGCCCAACAGUUGCACUCCAUGGUAGAGAAUACAAAUAAAGAGUUAACAGAUCAUGUGUUCA